AUUAUUAUGAGCUUUUGUGGCACACCAGUGUGGAUUGCUAACUGAACCAUUAACUUACCCACCCGGUUCCAGUAUUUAUCUGUCAGUAGAGCCACUCAGGAACUCUGAAGUCCCGUCAACAUAUUACACCAAAAGCCUAGACCCAUAUAAUCAUGACUGCCAUGCGAGUGGAUGCUAAGGUGGUCAUGCUUGGCAAGGAGAGUGUGGGCAAAACCAGUCUGGUGGAAAGAUACGUACAUCGCCGGUUUCUUGUGGGACCAUAUCAAAAUACUAUAGGGGCUGCGUUUGUUGCGAAAGCCCUCAAUGUCAGUGACAAGGUGGUUACUCUGGGAAUAUGGGACACUGCUGGGUCUGAACGCUAUGAAGCUAUGAGCAGAAUCUAUUACAGAGGAGCCCGCGCUGCCAUUGUCUGCUACGACUUGACUGACAGCAGCAGUUUCGGAAGGGCAAGGUUCUGGGUGAAGGAGUUACAGAACUGUGAAGAGCACUGCAAGAUAUAUUUGUGUGGCACCAAGAGUGACCUCAUUGAGGCCGAUCGGAGUGUGCGGCAAGUAGACUACCAUGAUGUUCAAGACUUUGCAGAUGAAAUAGGUGCACAACAUUUCGAGACCUCCAGCAAAACAGGAAAAAAUGUUGAUGAGGUGUUUCAGAAAGUGGCUGAAGAUUUCAGUAGCUGUGCUUUAGAGUUCAUGCAAGAAAAGAAGGUGGUGGAUCUUGGGCAAAAGAAGGACUCUUAUUUUGACAACUGCUGCCAUAACUGAGCUAUCACUGGAAAAACUGCUGUAUCAUAUGGUCUAUUUUGGGAUGACUGGAGGCUCAACAUCUUUUAUACUCCUCAAAGCAUCCACUGGAGUGUUUUUUCUUGUUCUUUUUUUCUGGUGUGCAGUAGAACAUGAAGGAUUCCACUUUUUCCAGUGUUCAAGCAAUGAACUCUUUCUUUAUCAGGAACAUGUUUUUUCAUUUAGUUUUUUUUUUUUUGGACCUGGGAAUGUUGACUGAAGCAAAUAUUAACAGUGCAUGGCAAUCCGUUUUACCAAAAAGACAAGACACAAAGCAAGCUUUAGGGACAGAUUCCAUUGCAUGGAGGUGAUCGUUGCCAAUUUUCACAAACAAUGCCUUGAGUGAUUUAUCACCUUUUAUGAUUUAAAUUGUCUCUAUUUUAUAGAUUUUUGAGGAUCGUAAUGUUUACACCCUCCAUUCAUCACACUGCACUCAUACAUGAACAAUUUACUUUCAUAUGUCCACACUUAAGUUUCAGUUUUCACCGAUCUGAGACCAGUUCAAACAUUUUUCUCAUUAUGUUAAAGAUUUAGAUGUUGUGGAAAUUUAGUCUCCAAUUAAUAUGUUCUUAAAUUAUAACGAAGCUGAAAAAUUGAUGUCAGAAUAUCAAAGGCUAAUUAUUUGAGGCAUUCAUAAAACCAUGAUUAAUCUGAUAUGCGGGAGUCAAACUCUUGUUUGCGUCCUGUAUCUUGUUGUUCAUUAUUUAACAUAUCUUUCCCGCAUUCCAAAAGCAAGUCAAUGUGCAGCAUUUGAUGAAUGUGAUGUUAAUGUUUACAGUGCUAUUUUUAUUAUUUAAUUUUACGUCAUUUGCAAUUUGGGUAAGAUAUUGGGACACUAACUUGUCAGUUGUGAAAAUGUUUGUGCAUACUUUGUACAUACAGCCUUAGUUCACUCUCUGUUCAUAUUGUGCCUGUAUUAAAUACUGCUCAAAAAGGCCUGUAGCUAAAAAUAUGGUUCUUGUGAAACUGUAUAUUUUACGUCAUCCAGAGAAAUCCUGAUAUUGUGCCAUUUUGACUGGAUGUCCUACAGGAAAGAAGGACAGUAUUAUAUUACUUUGUCACAUUUUACCGUGAAAUUACAUUAAAAAUUAAAAAAAGCUGUUGCAUAUUUUGUUUAAAGGUAUCAGAAUAGUAUAAGCAAAACAGACCAAGUCAUUUGAGACUGACAGAUAUUGGAAUGAUGAAAUAUUAAGUGUGCGUGCUGCAUGCUUUUUAAUACUGUAAAUGUAUCUUAGAACUCUUGGGAGUAAUAACCUAAAUUCAUAGAUUUUAUACAUAUCAUAUUCAUCCUUUGCUGCCUAUUCUUGCUUGCCAUCACAUAUCAAAGUUAGUGUUUCUUUUAUUGUUUAUUUUAAGAGAGUAAGGUACUCUCACCAAAAUAUUAUUACCAUUUAGCAUACCACAUCAGAGGACUAUAAUUAAUAGAUUAUAAAUUUCUUGAAAGUAUCUUGUAUGAAACUUAUGCAUCCUCCUUGUGGGACCUAUAUGUAUAUAUAGAAUUUAAAAAAAGCUUCAGUCUAGAUUGCAUAGAAAUUAAAAUGAAAUUGUUGAAUGAAAUGAUCUGAAAUUGAAUCAAAUUAGAAGCUCUCUGUGCUUUCAGGAUCUUUUGCACAAAGAAAAUUAAGUCUGUUGCAAGAUUUGUGCAUUCAUUUAAUGGCAAUUGCCUCCAAAAUAUUCUCAUUACUGUAAUGAAGAAAUAAAACGAUCCUGAAUACAACAAUUAUUGUUAUUUAAGCUUUUAUUGUCAGCACAUAUACAAUUAAUACUAUCAUUAUGUGUACUUACAGUUUAGAAUAUAAAUAUAAUUGUUUUUGUGUUACAGUAAUGGCAAGAUAAUUGAAUGUGGAAAUGUGCCAAAUUGUCAUGCAAUUAAUUUAGCAAUUCAAAACACUAAUUAUCUUGAAAAUAGACUUCCUAAUAAUUCUUUGUACACAUUAUUUGUUUUUAUUUGGGGGUGAACUAUCAGCCAAACAUUUGACGACAGUUUUUGUGAGAUUUACAGUUCAACAGUUCUACUCACAUUUCAUUAAUGCAAGAAAUCCUUGAAAAGUACAAUUUUGACUACACUUUUUACAGAGAUGGUAAAAACAGCAGCAAAGAAGCAACAAGUGUGUAAUGUUGUUUAUUCUGUACAAAGCACUACAGCACAAUUAAAGUCUCUAACAAGGCAGC